AUGAUCUCAAGUAUUCCUUCAGAUGCCUUGAGAAGAAUCUUUCAAAUAGCACAUCCAUUGAAUGCUGCAAGAAAUGAAAGGUCGACAACUCCUGUGCACCAAAUAUUGCGAGUACAAUCACGACGGCUAGCCUCGAGAACAAUUGUACGCAACGGUACUCCAAAGGCUCCCUUAUUGUCCAGCACCAAAGCGUCACCGCCAAAGUUUCCUCAGGAAGCCUUUGAUAAAUUAUUCAUCAUAAAAUCCAAGGAUCCUCCACCGGAAUCUUUCUCAGCCUGGCUGGAUAGCUUGCGUAGCAAUGAUGGAUCCAUCUCAGAGGAACUGGAACAUGAAUUGAUACUGGAAAUUGCCGAUUCCAAGAACAGGCGCUUGAUGCAAAAAGCCACGGAGCAGUUAGAAUGGACGGAUCAAGAAUCCAUUCGAUUAUUGAUUGUUUCAUGGACCAAAAUAUUGAGGGAGCCAAGACGGGGAGCCAAGCUCCUGCUGGAUUGGCAGAGACAAACACAACGAUUUGAUCAGAUGCCAAAAAUGGGAACCUAUCGUUUGGUCCUCUCAGGACUUGCUCAAGAACCUAGGAACAGUGAGCUAGCAUCCGAAGUUCUGGAAGAAUUAUACAAGCAGAGCCCACGCCUUUUGCCUGAUCGAGAUUGCUUUCAUCGUGUUCUCGGAGCAUGCUCGAAUGAUCCUGCCAGAGCAGAGGAAACUCUAAUGAAGAUGAUUCAUUUGGCCCAGAGCAAAAGACUCGACGUCAUGCCGAAUCUAUCUACGUAUCGAUUACUAUUUACUAGUUGGUCAAAUUCCAGACAAAAAGGAGCGGGGAAGAGAGCCAUGGAACUAUUGAGAUCCUGUCCAGUGAACCCCGACACUCUGUGCUACAAUAUGGUUAUGAAUGCACUCGCAAAUGACGGCGACUACGAAAGGGCAGAAGACGUAUUAAUGGAAGCCUUGCGAGAGAAAAAGGCAGAUCGAGUAUCAAUUUAUACCAUCUUCAAGGCACAUGAAAAAGCAGGGACCAAGGAGGCUGUGAUCGCAGCCCAGGAUUUCUUGGAUCGAAUUGGAGAAAGCAAGGAUAGCAGUCAUGGCCUAAAGUUGCCAAGAAAAUUCAACGUCCCGAAUGCUCGUACCUAUGCCACGGUGAUUGGAAUGUGGGCAAAACUUGGUCAACCAAAACGAGCGUGGGAUUUGUUGCAAAAACUCGAGGACAAGGCGGAACAACCUGAUGGUCGGCGUUACAGGGCGGAUCAAAUUACUUACCAAGCGGUCAUUGGAAGUUUAUCCAAGGGGAGUGACAAACAGACCCGGCAAAACGCUGAAAAGGCGCAAGAACUCCUCGAAUCCAUGGCGUUGCGGUUCCGACUGAAUCCAGUGACUUGCAAUACGGUCAUCAAAUGUUGGACCAGGGCCAAGAAUCCAGAUGCCGCUAAGGAAAAAGUUUUGGAUCGCAUGGUGGAUUGGCGAGUGUCUCCUGAUAUCGUGUCUUAUAACACCAUAAUCCAAUCUUAUGCCAGGAUGGGAAUGGCAGUAGAAGCCGAAGGUCUCUUCAACGAAUUGCUCUCCUCGGCGUCAUCCGCGACAUCCGAAGUGAUUCCGAAUUCGAGAACUUUCACAGCAAUAAUGAUGGCACUGUCCACCCAAAAGUCUGUCCCAAGUGCCGAGAAGGCGGAGGAAUUACUUGCCGUAAUGAUCCAAAAGCACAAAGAAGAACAGUGGAAUACGUCGCCAGAUAUCUACACCUACAAUACCGUAUUGAGAUGCUGGUGCACGCUGAGAGAUGGAACCCGGGCCGAGUCUUUCUUUCGAAAAAUGGAGCAAGAAGUCAAGCCGGAUGUCAUCUCGUACAAUUCGUUGCUCAAUGCCUAUUACCACAAUUUUGAAAAGGGCGUGGCAUUGGUAGAAGAAAUGAUGGAGAGAAAGAUAAAACCCGACAGGGUAACACAACGGACGUUGCUCCAAAUACUCACGAAGGAUAAGCGUGUGCGAAACAAGGACCAAGUGAGCAAAGAGACAAUGGAAAGGUUCUUCCUUUGA